AUGACACAAUCCGCGGUCAUUGGCGUUUCGGCUGACCGCAGCGCGGACACCGAGGACUGGUCGCAAGAGUUCGACCGCCCCGCUCCUACUGCUGCUGCUGUUGGCGCUGGAGAGCCAACUUCCCCGGCAUCGCGAUGUUCGGCGGCACUAAGGCGGAUUGCUGGGGAGGACCCUCCGCAUCCGCACCGUCCCGAGCCUCCGCCGCCCACCGUGGUGACGACCUCGACGAGGGCUGUGGAGUCUGCUCCUGCCGGUCGUCGCUCCUUGGCGGCAUCAAGGCCGACGGCGGUGGUCCCGGCGUCUCGCAGCGGUGGUGGCGGCAGCGGCGGUUCAUCAGUUGGCCCCACAGGAACAGAGGCAGCGGCAGCAAGAGCAUCCGCAUCCUCCUCCAGCAGACGACACCGACCAGACCAUCGCGGCAGCGGGGGCAACAGGGCCCGUACAGCCGACCGUCACGGCGGCGACGGGAGAGCGCCGUCCCAGCGCGGCAGGGAGGACGGCGGCGCUGGCGGCAGAGCGCCCUCCAGCCGCCGCGAGGCGGGCAGCCGCUCCGCAGGCGGCCCCCGGAGGGGCUCGCACCCAGCAGAGCAAUCGACCGCAAGGUCGUCACAAGGAAGAGGAGGCGCAGGAGCAAGAGGAGGCGAGCGUGUUAGCAGCAGCAGCAGCACCGCCGCCAGGCCAAAGCACAGGCGCAGAGAUCGAGACGCGAAGGACGCUGCCGCCAGCAGACCCCUGACAGCUGCGGCCGGGGGGGCACCCGCGUCGUUGGCCGCGGCAGCAGGGAGACCUUGGGAGGAGUGCGACAGCCCGACAGAUUCCGAGGUGCCCGCGCCGCAACCUCGCGCCCUGGGGGUGGGGAGCACUACUGACGCCAACGAGAGACGCCAUGCGAACACGAAGUGGCUCAAGUUGUCGACAGGAGAGAGACCCGCGCCACAGCCGGCAACUCUACGCGCCAGCACCACCGCCGGCCACACUGGCGCGCAGGACCGCGCGAGCGGCGAGCGUAGCGAGAACCGCGUGCGCGCACGCGCCAGCGGCAGCGGGCGGAAGCUAUCGCGCACGAAGCACGAUUGCUCCAGUAGUUCCAUAAACCACCAGCAUCACUCGCACCAGCACCAGCAUAAGCCGAAGGGCGCAAGCUUUCUGUCGUUUGUGGAUCCUCAAGCUGAGGUGGGUUCAACGGGCGCGUGA